AUCUGUCUAUUUGCACAUCAUGGAACCAAGCGGACGGCAGGCGUGGAUAGAGCGAUGGAGAUGCGUCACCUACAUGGUGGCAUUGAUGACAUUGUGGAGCGAAGCCUCAGCUCAGAUUAGAUAUUCCGUCUCCGAAGAGGUUAAAGAAGGAAGUGUUGUGGGAAACCUAGCAAAAGACUUGGGAAUUGACAAGGCGACGCUGAAAGACAGAGAGUAUCGUAUUGUCGGCAGUUCAUCGGAACCGCUUUUCCACCUGAACGGAGACGACGGCAUUCUGUACGUCAGUAGGAAAGUGGACAGGGAAGAGAUUUGUGAACGAAGCGAUGCGUGUGUGAUCAACCUUAAAACGGUACUGGAAAACCCGCUGGAAAUCCAUUAUGUGGCCAUAGAGGUGCUGGAUGUGAACGACCACUCCCCCGUUUUUCCAGAGAAAGAGAAACGGCUGCAGAUAUUUGAAUCGACGUUACCGGGCGCAAGGUUCCAGCUGCAACCCGCCCGCGACCCAGACGGUGGUCAGUUUUCUGUUCAGCAGUACAAACUGAGUCACAAUGACCACUUUCGUUUGGAGGUUAAGGAGCGAGGCGAAGACCGUAAAAUGCCUUUCCUGGUUUUACAGAAGCAGUUAGACAGAGAGGCUGCGAGGGAACACAAGCUUCUGCUUUCAGCUGUUGAUGGUGGGAGACCGGCGCGCUCUGGAACAAUAGAAAUACUGAUUGAGGUGCUAGAUGUUAACGAUAAUUCGCCAGUUUUUACACAAGAUACAUAUUCUGCUAUAUUAAAUGAAAACACCACCCCUGGCACGUUAGUUAUACAGGUUAAUGCGACAGAUGCGGAUGCGAGUGCGAACAGCGAAAUCGUUUACUCAUUUGGCAAAGAAGUGGAUUUAAAUGUGCAAAAACUAUUUACCAUAGACGCAGAGACUGGAGAAAUUAAAGUGAUAGGUGUGAUUGAUUAUGAAGAGAAGAAAAGCUAUGAAAUUGACAUACAAGCGUCAGAUAAAGGUCCCGUUCCCUUGUCCACUGACAAAACUGUGAUAAUAAAGGUAAUCGACCUAAAUGAUAAUCCUCCACAGAUUGAAAUCACGUCAUUUUCCAAAUCAGUUCCCGAGGACUGUAGAACCGGAACAACAGUAGCUUUGAUCAGUGUCAAUGAUUUGGAUUCAGGCCUCAAUGGAAAAGUUUCUUGCUUUAUACGCGAGGAUGCUCCUUUCGCUAUUUCUCCAUCCCUGCAAGAUAAUAUGUACGCCAUAGUGACCAAGUCCAAACUCGACAGAGAAGAAAAGUUUUCUUAUGAACUUACAAUUGUUGCAAAAGACACCGGUGAGCCACCGCUCUCAUCUGAAAAGACAAUAACUGUUGUCGUGUCAGAUAAGAACGAUAAUGUACCACAGUUUUCACUGAGUCCGUAUACGUUUUACAUUACAGAAAAUAAUGACGGAGUAGCCCCGAUCUUUUCUGUCACAGCAUCUGAUCUAGACGACGGUGAGAACGCGCGUAUUUCGUAUCACAUUCAGCGGGAGAGCAGGGGAGACAGUGUUGGUCAGUUUUUAAAUAUAAACUCUGAGAAUGGAGACAUCGUGGCACUAAAAAGUUUCGACUUUGAAACAGUGAAAACUUUCCAGUUCCACGUUGUCGCGUCAGAUUCUGGAACUCCGUCACUGAGCAGCAACGUCACAGUGAACGUGUUCAUUCUGGAUCAGAACGACAACGCUCCAGUCAUCCUG